AUGCUCAGACGCCGUCAAUUUCCACGGCUCCACCGGUGCACCGCCGGACCUGGUUCUACGGCCGCUUAUCUCACUGAUCAGACGCUGACGCUACAGCUCUGCGAUAGUUGGUACUUGACCGCAACCCCGACCAUGACCCCACGCCCUACGGGUAUCACCGCCGGACAAUCCACGUGCAGAUGGACACGACCCGUGAUGAUCGGCCCUAACCGCCAUCUAAUCCGCCCGUUGAUCCUAAUGUCGAGCGGGAUUGACCCGCCCGCCGCAUCUUGGGCAAGGGCGAGCCCAUUGUACGGCGCUACGGGGAUUGAGUCCCCACCACACGUCGACCCCCCGCGGGACCUGGUAGGCCGGCGGGAUGGCCGCGAAGUAGGUCACCUGCUGGCUCCGGUAGUCAGCGUACGCGUGGAGGGAGUCGUAGUAGACGCCGGUGUUGCCAUUGGGGUUGCGGGCCGACACAGUUACUUGGACGGCGGCCGAGAUGGCGUUGGGGGCGGCAGAGAGGUUGAGGCGGAAGACGGUGGCGUCCUCGAGGGUGAAAACGGGCUUCGAGGGGCGUAUGAUUGUGAAGACAAGGACACUGACGAGGAUAGCGGCAACGACAAGGGCAAAGAGGCACGCGAGGAGGCGACGGCCGUCGAGCUUCUGGUCGGCGCUGAUUUUUUCCGACAUGUUGGGAGCUUCCUUUUGUUUUGGGGGGGUUUUGGGGUUGAGAGUAAUGAGACAUAUAUAGAGGGUUUUUGGGUGGGGAAUGAAUUAAGGAUGUUUUAA